GUCGCUGAUCACAACUACGCAUCGCCAUGUGUCCCCCGUCCCCGAUCAGCCUGCGACUUCCGCUGCGGGCCGCACGCGCGGGAGGAGGCGGCGUACGAGCCGAGGGCGAGGAAAACGCGGCACGCGGGCGCGGGCGCACGCGCAUGCGCUUGGCUCGAGCUGGGAAAAAAAGCUUUGGGCCGCUCCGACCGCCACGGCGUCCGUCCGUGCUCGCGGCUCGCGGCGUACGUAGUCAAAGCCAGCGUGCGUGGGUGCGUGACUGCGUAUAGGGGCCACGACCCGCUGCGGCCGCGCCCAUCCCGCCAGUUCAGUCACCAACCCACCAAACCCCACCGCGACCGCGACUCCGACGUCUCCGCCACGGGCCAAAGUCGAAAAAUCGAGGGGACUUUCCCAUCUCCAUCCCGCGGCGGGCGCACGGGUUGGUCGGUUGGUCCGUCCGUGGCGUGGACUCGAAGCCGCCUCGUCUUCCUCCUCCUCCUCCUCCCCCCUCCGGCAGUGGCCCAGGAGGGCGCCCGCGGCUACUGCUGCUUCCGCUCAAAGCUUCAAGUUCCCGUGCGCUUCUGCUUCCCCACUACCUCCCGCUGGUCUCGGUGCCCACUGCGCAGCGCGGUGCUUCAUCUCCCUCUCGCUCCGGGGCUGGCUGCAGCCACAAGCUAGCGGCAGCGGAGGACUCGCUUCCGACGAGCUCGGUGUGGUGUGGAGGUGGUGUCUGGCUUGGCUGGUUGGUUUGCUGGACGUAAAGCACAUUCCUAUUUGGGUUGCGUUGCUUCUUUAGGUCAGAGGACACUCCAAACUGCCGCAAAGUUUCACUGAUACAGCUCUUUGUCUUCAUAAAGGGAUUAUCAUACACCUUAACACUUUAAUAGAUCAGGAUGACAGUUGAGCUGGAAUUGAUUUAACUUGCUUGCUUGGAUGGUUUGUGUUCUGAAUUUGGAAUUUCAUGGUUAUGGAUACUUUAGGAUGAACACAUAUUGAUUUUAGACAUCAGACCAACUUGCUAAAACAGUUCUGAGUGAUGAAGAAAUGGCACGGUGGUUUUGUCAUAGUAUCUUUGUUCAUUAUAUUGAUGCUAAGAUAUGUUAUAUUGGAUAGUCCACUUGCUGAAAAAUCUCUUCAGUAUGUCUUCCAACAGAAUAACACAACCCCACUACAUUGGCUGGAUGUUCCAAACCCGCCUGCAGUUCAGAAUCCACAGAACAUCUCUCAAGUAAUAUCAACUGAAUUGUUAGCUUCAAACCUUUCCAUAACAAGAAAUUUCUCCGAUAGAGAACUGCAGUCAUUGCAUUCUUGGAAUCAUUUAAAAGACCUAGUAAGUCAUGCGCACAUCUUACCAGAUGGAGUAGAAGCAAUCAAGGAAGCUGGAGUAGCAUGGAGGGAGCUAAAUGCAGCCCUUGAAUACGAUGAAUCUGCUGUUUCUGUCAAUGGUAGCACUCAUCAAAAAAGUAAAGAGAAGCAAUGCCCAUAUUCCAUUCGAAGAAUGAAUGCUACAAGAUCAGGUGAUAGAUUUGUCUUAAAGAUUCCUUGUGGACUGAUUCAGGGCUCUUCAAUAACUAUUAUCGGUACUCCUGGUGGUCUUCUUGGUAGUUUUAAGAUAGAAUUAACUGGGGCUACUGUACCUGGUGAACCAGACCCUCCAAUUGUGCUUCAUUACAAUGUCCGUCUUCUUGGUGAUAAACUUACAGAAGAUCCUGUAAUAGUCCAAAAUACAUGGACUAUAGCUGACGACUGGGGUUCUGAAGAUCGUUGCCCAUCUCCUGGUUCAGAUGCUAAGGACAUUGCAAAAGUGGAUGAGUUAGAAAAAUGCGGUAGCAUGGUGGGCAAUGAUCAAAAACAAGCAUGGGCCACUAAGUUAAAGUCCAAUGUUUCAAGCAUACAACCUGCCUGGAAAAAGAACACAGAACCUAAGAAAUAUUUUCCCUUCAGACAAGGAUAUCUUGCUAUAGCAAUUCUUCGUGUUGGAGCACAUGGGAUCCAUAUGACUGUAGAUGGGAAACAUGUCACUUCAUUUGCCUUUCGGGAGGAUUUGGAGCCUGGAUUUGUUGGUGAAGUAAGAAUUGCAGGAGAUAUUAAAUUGUUGUCUGUGAUAGCAAGUGGUUUGCCUACAACAGAGGACUUUGAACAUGUGACUGACUUAGAAAUUUUGAAGGCUCCACCAGUUCCCAUGGACAAACCCCUGGAUCUUUUUAUUGGGAUCUUUUCUACAGCUAACAAUUUCAAGCGCAGAAUGGCAGUUCGCAGAACUUGGAUGCAGUAUGAUGCUGUCCGCUCAGGAAAGGCUGCAGUUCGAUUCUUUGUUGGCCUGCAUAAAAAUGAGGUGGUGAAUGAGGAACUUUGGAAUGAAGCACGAACAUAUGGAGACAUCCAAUUGAUGCCCUUUGUUGAUUAUUAUAGCCUGAUUCUAUGGAAGACUAUAGCCAUCUGCAUCUAUGGGACAAACGUCUUGUCAGCCAAGUAUGUGAUGAAAACAGAUGAUGAUGCUUUUGUCCGUGUGGAUGAGAUACUUUUAUCUUUAGAUCGCGUGAACAUCAGUCAUGGGUUACUGUACGGUCGUGUCAAUUCUGAUUCUCAGCCUCAUCGAGACCCAUAUAGCAAGUGGUACAUAACCCCAGAGGAAUGGCCUGAGGAGAGUUAUCCUCCAUGGGCACAUGGUCCGGGAUACAUUGUAUCACAAGACAUAGCAAAAGAAGUUUACAGGAAACACAAGAGAGGAGAACUUAAGAUGUUCAAACUAGAAGAUGUCGCAAUGGGAAUAUGGAUCAAUGAGAUGAAGAAGGAUGGGUUGGAUGUAAAGUAUGAAAAUGAUGGGAGGAUUUUGGUCGAAGGCUGUGAGGAAGGAUAUGUGGUUGCACAUUACCAGGAGCCAAGGGACAUGAUGUGCCUAUGGGACAAAUUUCUGAAAACAAAACGAGGAACAUGUUGCAAGGAGUAACGGGGGAGUAACAGGACUAAUCCGACCAUAUAUUUUGAUGGCUACUGUAUAGCCAUGGCCUGCUGACACCAACGACAAGCUCGGCACAACGCCACAACCCCAUGCAAGAGGAGCAGGCAACAAAGUUUUAACCUUGCUUAUUUUUGGUGGUUGCAGAAUCAAUAGGCAACGAAGUUUUGAAUAUCAUUCACAGUCAUUUUUGUCCGCGGGGAAAGAGAUUGAAGUCUCACCACCAUAUUUUGUAGAAGAUGUAGGUUUCCUAUUUGGGCAUAUAGGUAGGGAGGUGUUGCUUAGUUGCUUGCAGUGUGGCUUCUUGUAACAUAUCUUUCUAGAAAAACGUAGGAUACACCGGCAAUUACACUUUUAGGGUAGAUGCAGAGGCAGUAUUACCAUUCUUUUCCUAGGAAUGCAUCCUGUAUCUGAUGUAAAGCUAUUUGACAACUACUCAUUGUACAAUCCACUUCCUAUCCACGGCAUACCUGAACUUUUUCUUUGUCACGUUGCCUGUGCAAAUCUUCUCUGUGCUGUUCUCUGAAGGCAUUUGAUGUAGCAAUCACACUUUAUAAUUCUA